AUGAUGAUGAUGAGGAGGAGGAUGAGGAUGAAGAUAGUUAUGAUGAUGAUGAUGAGGAUGAGGAUGAUGAAGAUAAAAAAAGAAAAAUACAAGAAGCACGUGCUGUACAGUAUGAUUUGCGUAUGAUUCGCAUGGCUCCUCUACUUGCUAGUCAGCCACGACUUGAAAAAAUAUGCAAAGAUUGGAAGAACAGGUUUCUCCCUUCAUGCUUCACAACAUUUUCAUUUAAAAGCAAUGAAAAUGAUUCAAUUAAUGAAUUUCAUGAAAAAGCAAAUGAUCUAGAGUACCUAAUUAAACUCUGUGGAAGUAAUUUAACUUAUCUAAAUGUAACACAAUAUCCUAUUUCUCAAAUAAUGCCAAUAAUCAAUGCUAAUUGUCCAAAUCUUGAGACCCUUUAUUUAGAAUUCAAAGAAAUAAUGAGUCAAGAUUUUGAAAAUGUUUUUUCUAAUAUGUCUCACCUUAGAGUACUGUGGAUUGAAUGGGAUUGUGGAAGUUUAACUCUACCAAUGACUUUAGCCAAGUCGUUAGAACAAAUUGGUGGAACACUGGAAAGUUUAGAACUUUCAUGUUGCUUCGCACGAAAUUACAUAUUCUUACCAGAUUCAUCGGCUUCGGUAUUUCCUCGACUAAUCGCUUUGAAUAGUUUAACUAUACGUAAUAUUGGACUAAGUCAACUAUUACUCCAGUCGAUAGGUGAAAUAAAAAAUUUGGCUAAUCUAAAAUUAACAUUUCGUUGGCAGGAACAUCAUCCAAUGUUUGAUAUGAGAAUCAAUAUGUAUCCAAUUGGAAAUUUAAAAAAUCUCAAGAAGGAUUUACAAAUAAUUGGCACAUAUAUAACUGAUAUUGGUAUGAGUGCAAUUGAUAAUUUACAACAAUUAGAAGAUUUCGGUCUUGGUUUAACUUAUCUGCCAUCAAAAAAUAAUGAAUUUAUCACUGAUGAAUCAAUGCAAUGUUUAUUCAAUCCAAAAUUGCAAUCCUUGCAUAUAUCAAAUUGCAUUCAAAUCACUGAUAAAGGGAAAUACACAGGUAACUAG